ACUUACAAACUCCUGAUAGAUUUUCAUCACCACCAGGUAGCCUCGUCCAAUAUGGGAACUACCUAGGUAGGUAGCCACCUGAGGAUACGAGCUGUGGUUGCAUCUAUUUACAUGAGAGAUAGUUGAGAUCUGUUUUCUUAAGGACAGGGUUCAAACUGGAACCGCCUAACUAAUGUGCCUUUUACAGAAAUUUUUACCGGUCGCGGCCGAGCUGAAAUUUUGCACUUUGCUGUUGGUUUCUUUCCCCAUUUCCCCCUUUCCCUUUUUGUGUGCUCACAGAGGGAGUAUCAGAGCUGCCUUUUGGCAUUGCGUAUAAGAGUACCUAGUUAGCCAUGCCCAGGUGGUUAUCCUUAGCUCAAGGAAAUAUUCGCAUUUCUACUCUAUACUUCACCCCCCUACCUCCUCUAUCCCGUUGAAUAUAUAGGUGACCAUAUCUGGAUAGCCAAAGGCAUGGGGACGAAAUUAACACCGACCACCCACGACUCAAUCCCAAGCGGUGAGAGAUCGACCAACCCCCCAGCCAACCGCUGGAAAGUAAUUAAGAAACUUUCUAUCAAAUUUCUCCAGCGAUGGGCCAUCACAGCAAUCGUUUGCGUUGCUUUUGUUGUGGUCCUAAAGGUAUAUUACAACAAGGACUAUCUACAACCUGCCUCCACGCGCAAUUAUAACGCUAUUACAUCGACUUUAACCAUCUGUCUGUCCCUGAAUCUCGAUUCCAGCCUGGAUGAAUUUGCAAGCGUGUUAAAAUGGGCUAUACUAACUCGAAGGCCAUUUCCAUAUCAUAUCAUCGAGCUUAUCCUCUCCUUUGGCGGCUCGAAUUUUAGUUCGUUAAAAAUAUUAUUCCAUCGUGAAGGAGUCGACUGGCGGUUGCGUCGCGAUUGUAUCAGCUGGAUUAUUGUCAUGCUCGCAGCCCAAGCAGCCAUAGCUCUCGUGGGCAUUACCUUCUGGACACAUCCCUUAAUACCAGGCGAUCCCAACUCUCCGAAGCAGUACGGGAACGUGACAACAGCAAUAUACACACAAAUUGGCCCAAUAUAUUCAGAGACUGGCUCGCUUCUCACGGGCACUGAAAUCGGUCUAUCCAACUUGGCCGUACAGCGUUCUAACGCGUUCGACUACGGCGUCAGUGCGAUUGGUUCUCUUGUUGUUGAUGCGGGCAACCUUAAUUCUUAUAACCCCCGUUUGUCGAAAUUCAAUGAGACCUCGGGAGCAUAUGUAUCCCCUAUCGCGAAUUUCCCAGAUGAUUACCCGAUAGAUUGGACUGUUGGACGGACUGUUGAUACCCGCGCUGAUUGUGUGGACUUGUCCAGUAAUUUGGAUACUUCCUCGAACACAACUACAGUCACCUUCGAGGGACAAGAUGGCAGACACGCUUUCUUUAUACCCCAAAGUCCUCUUGACUAUAUAACUUAUAUCUCGGACACCUCCCUAUCAUGUGGCGCACGAUGCACACAAGUGUACGUCAUAAUGUAUGAGGGCGGGGGUGGGACGACGGACAUGUUCUUAUGCAAUAACACUGUCAGUCAAAUGUAUAACUGGCCAGAUAGGGACCUGACCACAAACCCAGAACGCAAAAUGCCUGACACUCAAGCCGGGAUCCUAGCUGGUGCUAUUGGCUGGGGAGAUAUCGAGGUUAAUAGCACCCUUGAUACUCAACCUAAUAGGUUCCAAGCUUCGAGUUUCGUUAACGGAUCCUACUGGGCCCUGCACUCAAAUUUUGAUAACUCUACAGUGGCUAGAUAUCUUGUCGCGCACUUCACUGCCGCAGCGAUUGGGGCCAUCAGUGAAUAUGGCAUCUUCCAGGAUUUUGACGAUAUGGAAAUUCCUAGUUUGGCGUCAAAACUAGAUGUAGAAUGGGAAAGCACAAUCAUAAUCCUCGCGCUUAUACCUUCUUUCCAAGGCUUCCUUGCUCUGGUAUGUAUCUAUAUUGCGUAUCGGCAUAAAAUUCCCGCCCACGACGAUACCUCUCUUGCUUCAGCGCUGCGUCUUCACAAGGUUGUGGAGAACAAGACAGGGCUCAAAGACAAGAUCGACAAGAAAACAGUGCUGAAAUUUAUAUACGAUACAACACUUGAUCAAUUGACCAACCCCCUAAAUUGAACGACACAAACAUCGGCGAUUGGAAGCGGUCAUGGAAUUCAUGUCUACGACCCUGUAGAAAAUUGAGACUUCAGGGCGAAGCUGGGUACAGGGACAGUGCUAUCUGGAUUCGACUAAAAGUAAUUACGGUAAACGAUUUUAAUAUCUAGGUACGGUUGGUUCUUUGGAUAUAUCAAGGGUUUCUCUAAAAAAGUUCCUAUUUCCCUUUCCUGCUGCCAUUCCUUGAAUUUGGGAUU